AUGAUUUCAUCACGUUUCGUUUUUUUACAACUAUCCAUUGUUGUUCUUAUCAUGGUUACAUUGUCAGCAACAACAAAGAUACCUCAAUCAACAGACGACGCAGUGUCUCAACAUCAAAAUAAUGAACGUCCUUCAACAUCUGCUCUCGAAAAUCAUCAACAUCGUCAAACUUUCAAACACGAUACCCUCAAUGAUAUCAAUACCGGUGAUGACGAUGAAGACGAUGACGACGAUGAUGCUUUGAAUACAAACGAUAGUGAAGAAGAAGAAUAUCGUAAUGAUUAUUAUCAAGAUCAAGACAAUCAAGCGAUAUGGUCUCCAGUAUUCCACAAACGUUAUGCAAAAAAAUUAGCUCGUGGUGGUAGCUCCAGUAUCAACGUUGCGGAUGGUCGUCUUUGGGCAAUUCCAUACCGUUUUGUUGAUUAUAUACCUGUGCAUUAA